GUUUAUGGAGUUUAUUUGUGUUGCCCAAAUAAGUUGAUAAAUGUUUUGUGAUAUGAUAUAGCCUUCAAUCUCCUCCCACGUGGUUAAUUAUGUACGUGACCAAUUAAGAUAAUAUUUUGUUUACAUCCACAUUCCUCUUGGCUUACAGUAUUUAUGACGUUAUUUUAUUCCCAACUGCACAAACAAUUUAGGACGGCUUGAAGGUCAUCAGAGCAAAGUAACUGGGCAAGUUUGUUUUGUAUGGCCCGGGGUCCAGUUUUUGUCGAUUCCACUUGUCCUGACGUUAAAGCUCUACUCACCGGGGCACCGGACAAUGCAAAACGAGCAUGCCCAAUGUUUUGCGACGGCGAGUGCUACACAGAAAGCCUAGAUGCUGAUUGGUUUAGAGACGCCCAAUCCUUCCCAACGGUUUUAUGUUUACUGACCCUCCUACACCUAUCUAGAGGUUUACAUAGAUGCUAGGAAAGUACAUUUGUUUUACUUUGUUUCUUAAAUAGCCUACCCCGCGCGUCUGUAUCGACUUUCAAUUCCAGACAAUUAAGAUUUCUGCUCACAAGUGACUGACUGGUGACAGUUACAAAAGAAAAGGUAUUAAGAGCAUCCUAAAAUGAGUUGUUUUCAUCUAGAUGACUUCCUUGCAGGGUGGAUUGGAGGAGCUUCCAGUGUUAUUGUGGGUCAUCCGCUGGACACAGUCAAGACUCGUUUACAAGCUGGGAAUGGAUACAAGAACACCCUUCACUGUGUCCUCCAAAUCUACAGAAAGGAAACUGUUGCUGGCUUCUUCAAGGGUCUCUCCUUCCCGCUGGCCAGCAUCACUGUGUAUAACUCAGUGGUGUUUGGGUUUUUCAACAACACACAGAGGGUUAUAAGCAAGUUCCGCCAUGGUGACGAGAGGCAGUCGUGUGGUAUGCUGGACAUGACCCUGGCCAGCAUGUUGACAGGGCUGAUGUCAGUGGGACUCGGAGCUCCGGUCGACCUGGUUAAGAUCAGACUGCAGAUGCAGACUCUGCCCUGUCUAGCAGAGAACCUGACCCUUGCCGGGACGACUGUGAAAGGUAAUAUCGCUGUGCGCUCAGUGACUCUCCAGGGCCAGCCGACCUACAGAGGGCCCAUCCACUGCAUCAGUUCCAUACUGCAGACUGAGGGGAUCCAGGGACUCUACAGAGGAGCCGGGGCCAUGGUCCUGAGAGACGUCCCUGGGUACACGCUGUACUUCAUCCCUUACGCGUUGUUCUGUAGCUGGCUAUCCCCUGAAGGGAGGUCAUCACCUCAUCCCUGUUCUGUAUGGGUGUCUGGAGGACUGGCAGGUUCUAUCUCGUGGGUCACGGCUACUCCAGCUGACGUGGUGAAGAGCAGACUACAGGCUGACGCUCUCCACACGAGGAAAUACAGAGGGAUUGUACACUGCAUCGUUCAGAGCUACAAGACCGAGGGGAUACAUGUCUUUUUCCGCGGAGCCUCCGUGAACGCUCUCCGGGGCUUCCCAAUGAGUGCCACCAUGUUUCUGGGUUAUGAACUCUCUCUGCAGUUCUUCAGGGGCCUCUAGUGUUUACACAAGGAAUAUGAUACAGUACAGUAUGUCCACUGAAUGACACAUUAUCUUGACAGCUAUCCUCUUGUCCUAGGACACCCCAAAUGUUUUCCCCAGGAAGAUCAUUUGAAUCCUUGCAGAAUGAAAGCAGGGAGCAACUUGACUUGAGAAUUGUUCUAGUUGAGAAUUAUCUGCGCUAUUGCCAUAAUACAAUAUAUUUAUGAAGUGUAAAUACUCGUUUCUUAUAUUAAGAAAAAAUAUCUUAAUUAAAGUGCCUUACAUUAAUUGACAAAUGUAUACAUUUAAAUAUGUUGUGCUAUAAUAUACAGUAACAGUAUGCUUAAUAUUUUCAUAUAUAGCUGUACUGCAUAAAUGAUCUAGUUAUUAGUACCCAACAGUUAACCAGUUCUAACCUCCAUGAUGAUACGCACAUGAAUCAUUAUAUUUUGUUGGUGCCAGGCUUUUAAUUCAAUUGUUUAAUCUUUGUGAUUUGUAAAUAAGUAUGAGAGAAAUUAAAUGUCAUUCCACAAGGAGGCAUAGUUUUGUACAUAAUUUUUUCUUAAAAGUUAUUUUAAUGUGGGUUUUUGGUGGGAAUUCUUGUUAGAGACUGUUUCUGUACACUUUUACUUGGAAAACCUAAUAAACAUAUUGUUUUCAUUUAAA